AUGACACCACAUUUGACGGUGUUAGCACUUCCUAGUUACAUUAGAAAAUCUAAACUUAAUGUCAAGACUUAUGACUAUCUUGUAAUUCAAUUUCAUGUUACAUUUUUAAGUACAUCCAUGUUCUCUCUGGUUCUUAUUUCUCUGGAACGUGCAUUUGCUUUAAUUUGGCCGCUUCUUCAUCGAACAACAAGCACGAAGACGUUCAUCUACGGUGUCGUCGCCGCUUGGUUAGCAGGUGUUUCUUUGGGUUCAUUAACCUGGCUGGUUAGCUACGGAAUCUUUGAGAUUUCUCACUAUAUCCUCACAUUUUCAAUCGUAAUCGUCUUAUCACUGGCAACGAUGUGCACAUCAUACAUAGCAAUCCGAAAAAAACUUAAACGCAGUGACCCUACAAUCGAAACAGCACAUCAGCGCAAAAUGGUUGAGCAAAACACAAGGAAACUUUCCAAAACUUUGUUCCUUAUGACGGGAGCAUCUGCUGCCUUUUGGGUUCCAAGCCUUGUUUUAUUUUCUUGUCUUAAUUUCCCUCCAGGAAUGUUUCCUAAAUUUGUGAAAUAUUUGUUAAUCAUAAUUCAUAUGUGCAAUUCCGUCGUAAAUCCAGUGAUUUACAGUCUGAGAAUGCCAAUGUUCAGACGAAGUCUUAGACGAUUUAGACUUGUAAAAAUUCGAAAGCAGCGGAAAAAAUACAUAGUUAAUUGAGGAUAUUUUUAUAGAGCCUACGUAACAUAAAAGAAAUAUACAUUGUAGUGACCAAGCUUUGUAAUCUGAGCUCGACACUUGAAAAAUGAAAUCUGGGCCCCGGGUUCAGGUCGAACUUUUCAGGAACCGAACCUAAUAAGGAAGUACAUGACAAGUUCGGCGUCUGAAUAAUAGGAACACCUAUUUCAAUUUCACACGGUUCAGCCGUUCUUUUCGCCUUGCCCGGCCAGGAAUUUCGCCUUUGGAGCGACUUUGGAACGGCUUUGAUUUAGAAAGCAGAACUUUUCAUGUACCAAACCUGAUGCAUAAAUUAUUAAAUCGUAUUUUGUACACUGUAGUUUUGCCUUUUACUGAAUUCACUAUAAAGCUAGUUCAGCUGUAAUUAAGAUCGGCGCCUGAAUCAAUUCAGCUGAUCUAAAUAAUUUGGGUCGGCCUUAUUUCGAGUUAGCUUUUGGCUCAUGAAAAGUUCGGCGUAAAAUGAAGGCGACAGGAUUUUCUUCAUUUCAUUUGUAAUAUAAAAGCAGGAGAUGAUGCUUAAAGUAUCUUUUAAGUUUUCUCGAAUUUUUUAAGUCCCAUUGUUUUCUUUUCUCUUUAUGAACCGCUUGAGAUUUUUGUCUAAAAUUUGACUGUCAACAUUUUGAUCGGCAGUGCCGCCGCAGCAUUUAGACUUCACAAUAUUUUAAUACUAUUUUGGGGAUCAGAGAUUGACUCAUACCUUUUUGAAAAAUAAUAGCAGUAGGAUUCAAGCCGAAGUAAAAGGCUAACAUUGUUUGAACGAAAUUAAAAGGGAAAUAUCUACUUAUAUUUAUAGCGUUUAACAAAAUAACCAAGAAUGAUGCGCAAUAAAACAAAAUCGCUUUUUAAUUUCUUGUCUCACCCUUACUCAUCUGCCCCCGAUCUUCUUACAAUGUAGUUUUAAAGUAAGCGUUUUAUUCAGAAAGCGGCAAAAAGGUUAAAAAAAUCCCCCUUUUCUAUUAAAAAUUAAGGAAAUAUUAUGGGAACAAACUAUGGUUAAAACCUAAAAUAAAUAAAAGUUGCGGAUAUGUCAUGGUAAAAUAUAUUAUUAACACGGGUUCAAAAAUACUGAGAAGAUAUUGAGAAGAAAUCCAGUAGGAAAUUGAGUUGUGUCAACCUUCAGUGGACAAAAGCCUAGCACCAGAAAAAAGAAAAAUAAGCCAUACCACAUUCUUUUUUACACUUGUCAAGGGCUAUAGAUGAAAUUAGUUAUCUGUAAAACCACCAAAGAGAAUUUCUAACGGGAGCUUGAGAAAAUGAAUUUCAAAUUUCAUAGCAAUUGAGAAAACACAGUACAGGUAAAUUCGGCAUUGCUAAUAACUCUUCAUUUUGCAAAAUGUGAGGCUUUUGAAGUUUGUUUUACGUUUUCUCGGGAUCCAAUCUAAAGAACCUCUUCUUCGGAGAUCUUUUAUACAACUUAUAAUUGCAUUAAUAGCCCUUGAAAAGUGUGAAAAAAAAGCAAUAUGCUUGAGAUUAUUCAGGUACAAGGUGUUUGUCCACUGAAAAUUAAAACUACUCAAUUUCCUGAUGGAUUUCAUCUUAAAUACAAUGAAAUUCAAUUAUCCUCUAACAGCAAGUUAAUUUCAUAUCAGUCAUGAAAUCUUUUGAAUCGAUUAAUGAGCAGAAAACAAUACCCAUUUUUAGGAAAAUAAAACUUCACUCUUUUCCUGAUCAUUUUAACAUGAUGUAUCAUUUUAUGGGCAGAUUUUUUCUUUUAUGUUCAAAGGUAGAUAUCUCUUGGAAACUAUAGGUUCUUUGGUUAAAAAAUGUCAACGCACAUUUAGUAGUCUCUGCUGUUUAUUUAAUUUUUUGUUAUUACACGGUUUCACAACUUUUAAUUUCAGCAGAAAUUAUGUUACUUAGCAUAUUUAUUGUAAACCUUAAAAGCCAUGCUAGAUUUUUCAAACAUUGUAAACGCAUUUAGGCAAAGCAAAAUGCGUUCAAAUCAUCCCUUGGGCUUUUGUCUUGCUUUGAGAUAUGUCAUUCAGUCUUUCAUAUACAACUGAGUGGUUGUUAAAUAAUACAUCUCCUGUGCUUAUUGAAACUCUUUUUGGGUGAAGGUGUGCUUAUAUAAGGAACUAUUUCACCCCAGGUAGCAGGGCACUGCAAAGAAAGCGAUCACCAAAACUAUAAAAUCAGACAACAGAGGGCAUGUAGAGCAACAUGUAGAGGGCUAUAUACAGAAUAUUCUCCAGAAGGUCUGGAAGUUCUGUUUCAAAUGCUAUUAUUUAAACUUCAGAUAAUUUUUGAACGUUAUCCACAUGUAUGUCGAAAUGUCUGUUGAUACUGCUUCCAUUGCAGUCUUAAUCCUUCUCGCUUUUCUGUCUAUCAUCGUUUGUAUUUCUAACGCUUUCACCAUGUUUGUUUUCUCGGUCCAUCAAAGUAAACUGAAGGGAACAAGCUUUCUUGUUAUUAACUUGGCUGUGGCAGAUCUCCUUGUUGGAUUCACAGAUACUGUAGAGGUCGGAGCAUUUGCUCUUCCAACACAUAUCGGCUCAAACGAAACUAUUACCGAGAUGAAAGGUAGCAUUGUAGCCCCUUUUGUAGCCUCUUUCUCGUGUGCAUCUGUGUUUUUUCUCGUGCUGAUUUCCCUGGAACGAGCUUUUGCUUUGAUUUGGCCGCUUCGACAUCGUGUAACAAGCAGAGAGGUCUACACCUAUAGUGUGGUUAUAGCGUGGCUAGCUGGGAUAACUAUAGGUGUAUUCAGUUUCCUUGCUGUAGUUAAAAAAUACCAAGUGAAGUAUUUUGCAGUUGCUGCAACGAUCAUUAUUGGUUUCUCCUUGAUUACAAUUUGUGUUUCUUACCUGUCCAUCAGGAAAAGAAUUAACAACAGAUCUCCCGUUAUCGACACAGAGCUUAGCAGAAUAAGCAUCGAACAAAGUACAAAACUCUCCAAGACUCUUUUUAUCAUGAUCGGUACAUCUGCCGCUUUGUGGCUUCCUAGCGUUGCAUGGUACAAUAUCAGUGUAUGGUUUCCAAGCCUGUUUCCUCAUUUUGUUGCUCACCUUUCCACAAUGGUACAUUUGACUUAUUCUCUUGUUAAUCCAGUCAUUUAUAGUUUAAAAAUGCCAAUAUUCAGGAGAAGCUAUGAACAAUUAAGAGACAAGCUAAACCUUGUCAAGCGAGCGAAAAUGUACACAGUAAAUUAA